AUGCAUUAAAGAGUACUAGCAAAUGAAAGUCCAUAUCACAGGUAAAUCUACGGAAGACCUCGACUUUAAUCACAAGAUCCAGGUCGUAGAGUCCUGACAGAAACUGAUACUAAGACUAAUAUUUCAAGAAAAUUCACCAAAUUCGACUUUGAUUCUGUUCUAACAAUAAGAACAAGUAAGGGAAGUAAGAAGUUUAAGCCGCAACGCUUUGAAGUUAAACCUAUUGUAAAGUAUUUGUGCAAAGCUAGAAAACUGAAGUGGACUCAGAUUUGGAGACUUAUUAAAGAAUGGUUCUAGCCAAAAUGAAAGAAAAGAAUAUAUUACCAAAAUAACGUUCAUUAAGCAAUGCUACACCAUAACAAAAGAGCUAAGAUCGUUAUGCUUCUUUGGAUUCAUAAAAUAGAAUCAACAAUAAGUAAACUCAGAAUGUACAUCCUAAGAUUUUGUGGGAUAUGUCAGAGGAAGAAUGGUAAUAAUUUGGGGAUCGCUUUCCCUAACACUUUGAAAAGAAGAAGCUACUUGGAAGAGGAGGAUUUUCAUUAGUAUGGUUAGGAGAACAUAAAAGAACCAAAGAAAAGUUUGCUAUUAAAUAAAUCCUCUCUACCAAUACUCAUUAAUCUCAUAUGAAAGAAAUUUGGUUUGGAAUACAUUUCUUUUAAGAUGGUUAACCAAAAAAACAAUUUACAAAUUUUCCAGGAUGUAAGAAUUUAGUACGUUUUCUUACCUAUGACAUCAAACCAUAAGACACUUGGAUAUUUUAAGAAAUUUGUGGAGAAAGUCUUGGUAAUCAACUAUAUGAUCUUAAAGGAAAGAAUGUUAAUAAUGAACGCAUGUAUAGGGUAGAUACACUUCAUUCUAUUUUAGUUAACUCAUAAACCACUUUAUAACACUUUUCGUAAAGAUUAAACUGAACUCAAAAAAUUAAUUCGAGAAUUAGCCUAGGCUCUUGAUCUUCUAUAGGAUUAAAGAAUUGUACAUUCUGAUCUUAAAACUGAAAACAUUUUAGUUAAGAAAAUAAAAAAUGAGAAUGAUUUACAUGAACUAACUUAAGUGAAAUUGAUUGAUUAUGGUAGUAGUUUUCCUUUUGAUGAUUUAAAAUAAUUUUCAAUGGCUACACCAGAGUAAUUCAUUCUUUUUUUAUAUUAGAUAUAUGUGUCCAGAAAUAUUAAAUUAUAUCUUAUAUGAAAAUUAAAUGAAUUACCGUCCUUGUUUGAUGAAAUAUUUAAGAAAUUAUAAGAAACCUUGGGUAAUUGAUGUUUGGUCUCUUGGUUGUGUUGUACUAGAGAUUAUAUCAGGAAUACCUCUAUGGAUGAGUCUUAAAACUAUAGUUACAAAAAAUGGAAAGGAAGUAAUAGAUUAUGGAUUAUUUGCUGUAAAGGGUAGAGUUUUUGAUAAAAUAAUUGAUCGUUAAAUGGAAGUUAUUUAAAAUUUAGAUAGUUAUAUAGAUAAAAAUUAUUCUGGUAAUAUAAUAAUGUAUUAUAAUUUAAUUAGGAUUAAAAAUUGAUAAUUAGAUUCGAUUUGUCUUAAAAGAAAUGUUAAACUUAGAUCCAGAGAAAAGAUUAUCCCCAAAGUAAAUAAUUGAAUACUUAUCCACCAAAAAAGAAUACCUUAUAACUCAAUGA